AUGACGACGGUCGCAACACCUGAUUUACCGUGCGACAGUUCAUCAUCUGGUCCGAGUGGUAAUGGAGCACCUUCAUCAGCGUUCGAGGCUGUAAGUGCACGCCCUCGACGCGCGCAACGGCGCCCUACGAAGCCAGCAACUUAUGAGCUCGCAAAUCAUGCCAAGGCAUAUAUCGAAGGCUUCCAAUUUGCAAACGCGUACGAGUUCCUCCACAGCCUGUUAGCAGCUGGCACAUCCAUCUCUACGCCUGCACAACCAUAUAUCGGCCUCCUCCCGCCGCCUACGCAGAUUGCACUUGCCGCCUCGCUCAUAGCCUACACAUUCAAGACGCCUUCGUUGGAGAAUCGCAGAGGUUCCGACGCUGCGCUGCGAUACCUCCAGUGUGUCCUGAACACGAUAGAAGAGCCGACGUAUGUCUACAUACGGCAGGCUUUCAUGUUCCCUCCUGAGCGUACAGGAAGACGCCCACGAGGCCACAGGAACACGACUAGGAGUCUGUCCCCCGAGGAGGAGAAAGAUGUUGAUCAACUCUAUUGUGAACCAGCCAAUGAGAAGAGCAUGUGGAACAGAGCGGACGACUUUUGGCAUAUCGUUGGAUGGGCAUUCAACUGCUCUGUAGCAUACAAAAAGCGGUGGGAGAGAUGGAAGCUGUUGCUUUCUAUAAUGCUGGACUUCCUAGAAGCCGACUGGGAUGUUUGUGUCAGGUCAAGUCAGCACAACGAAGCAGGCCAAGAGGCUGCACUGCAGGAGAGCCUUAUCUGGCACUACAUCGUGGGCGAAGGUCAGUCAAUGACCAGAGCAACGAGACGCCGCAGUGCCAGAGCAAUCUUCGCGAUAGCCUCUUCAAACUCUUUGAAAGAAUACCCUGAGAUCUGGGAGAGUGAAACCAGGGAGCUGAAGGAGAGAGCGAAUAAAAAGCAGAAGCUCGGCAAUGUCGACUUCGAAACGGGUGAGGUGGCCGAUUAUGAUAGCGAUGAGGAGAAGAGAGAUGCUCCUAGGGUCACACGAGCGAUUGAGCGCAAACUUGAUGUCAGCCUGCCGCUAGAUCUUCCACAUAUCGCAGACGGCAACUUGAACUUGCAGGAUGCUAUCGAGCGACUAGGCGGCAAUGACGCAAUAACACUGCGACAGCGUCUCCUAGCCUUGCUAGCACAAGUAGCGACCAAACUCCCCAACAAUUUCACGACAUUAAGUGACUGGUUCGACAAUGUCGUGGAGGAUUUUCGAUACCUUCCGACUAUGCUAUUUAAAGUGUUUCUUACAACACUUACUGUUCCGGGACCCAUGAAAUUCAUGUUUCUCGCCAAUCUCUUGCUGCCUUUCGUUAGCGGUACAUUACCCGACUACUUCCGAUACGACCCAACACAAGAGCACUUUGAGUCCAUUCUGCUUCCACUGCACGGCAGACAGAGUUUUGCCGACAACGCCAAGGUUUCCCUGAUCCUUGAACAACUUUUUGUACUUAUGAUGGCAGGGAAUGGACUUAAGCCUACCGAUGAACUUAGAAAGGCUAUGGAGACCGGUAUACAAGCAAGACAUAACGUAUACGGGUCUGGCAGAGGUAAGAGGGGCAAUGCUGGAGAGGAGAAGCAAGCGAGAGAGCUGAUGGUGGCUAGCUCUGGACGACUCCUUGGGAUGCUGGAGUUACUGGAGAUCGGGGCUGGAAAGCCUUCGCAGAAAACAGCAGGCUACGAAGCCAGUGUCUUCCUGUCGUUUGGGUCUGGGUCACCGCUUUCGUCUGCACCAAGCAAUAUCGAAGAGGACUAG